AUGUGUGCCAAGCACUUCAUUUCCAAAUCGUCGCUGCCGCGGCCAUGGAGGCAGUGCGAGCGCGUAGGAGCACGGGCGACGUCGUUGAAGCUCUCUACGCCAACCUCCCCAAGGUGCUUGCCGACAACCACUUCGACCCCGACUGCAUUUGGAAUCUCGACGAGUCUGGGACGUGCGCCCAAAAGGUCGCGCAGCAAGACGAAUGUGUUGGCGUCCAAGCGAAUGGUGGCCAAUGCACAAAAGGCCGACAGCCGACAGAACGUCUAUGUGCUGGUGUGUGUGAAUGCUGGUGGUGGUCAUGUCCCUCCGUUCUUCAUUCUGCCGGGUUCGAAUUUAUGCAAGCGUAUGACCCAAUGUGGCUUGCCUGGCUCCAACUUUGCGGCCACCAAGUCGUCCUUCCUGUCGAUGAUGCUGUUCAUUCAGUUCUUCGAGUGGUUCGUGAAGAAAAUUGGGCCUAAGCGACCGGUGCUGGUGUUUAUGGAUACAAGGCUCAUUGGUCCGCCAGGACGAUUGAGUAUGCUCGGUCCAAGGGCAUCCACCUGUACGCCUUCCCAUCGCAUACAUCGCAAUUUCUCUAGCCUCUGGAAGUCGCUGUGUUUGCUCAAUUCAAACGGUUACUGGACGUCGAGUUGGCCAACUUUCAACUUGUUCAUUCACGCUUUGCAACGACAAUAUGACAUGGUUGGUCUUGCAUCCAACGGCCUCACCAGGACUUACAUUGUCAGUGGGUUCGAGAAGGCGGGUAUUUCCUUGUUGUCUCGUGACAUCAUGAUGGCCAAGAUUGUAAGGGACAAGGCUGGUUUGAAGGCGACAGCGGUCAUUCAAGCAACGGUGCGUCCCGAAAACCGGGUUGUCAUGCACUUACGCGAGUUGGGGAUUGACAUCGACUCUGCCCAUGUUUUUUGCAUCAACGACGCUAUGGUUCAAGCGUUUACCAACAGAGCCAGCACCCCCAAAGGUGAUAUGACUGGAUUCAUGGUAGCUUGCUCACAACUCCCGACGACAUUGCACUGCACAGAAGAGAGUCAUUGCAGCGAAAACGAAGAAGGCGUUGGAUGA